AGUGGCUGCCUGGAGGAGGGCACAGCAGAUAGAGGAACCAAAAUAGGAGGGAGGGACAUAACGAUGUGCAUAGAAUUUCAAACCUGCCUUUUCCGUUGUUCACUUUUCCUGAACCCUUCUCGCUCUCUUCUUUUCUUAUUUCGACUGCUUUUUCUUUGCUUCAUCUCCAUUCUUUCAUUCAUAUCUCUCUCUCUCUCUCUCUCUCUCUCUCUCUGGGCUGAAUUGAAAGUGCUGCUAGCUGGGCUGCCUGAGGUGGUUGAUGGAUAUUGAGGCCUUGUGGGCAGUUGGGGGGUACUGCUUUCUUCUCUCUUCUCCGUCCAGUAAUUGCAUUUGCAUGGCAACAACAACAACAACAACAAUUCGUCCGUCGCCGCAGAUCGCCACCGCUGCCUGCUGGAAACCUAGCCAUCAUCAUCAUCAAUACCUAGUUUUGCUCAUCCUGUUUCUUUUUCUUCUGCUCAUCACCCCUUCUCCAGCGCAGCAGGGGCAGCUGCUUCAUUCUCCCAUCUCCGUCAAAAGGGUAGUUUUGGAUUCCUACUCCACUUCUUCCACCACCACCACCACCACCGUGGAUCUGCAGCAGCCAGAAGAACAAGUAGCGAAAAUAGGCCACGACGACUCGAGGCCAAGGUGGAAGCCGAGGAGAGAUGAGCAUCAGUUUGGAGCUGAGGAGCAUGAGGUCCCCAGCGGUCCCAACCCCAUCUCCAAUUAGAUCCAUGGCCUAGCUACUAAGCUAGUACAAUAUUAUUAUUAUGCAUAAUGAAUUAGGUGAGAGGGUUUUGAAUUUUCCAUAUCUAAAUACCUACCUAGCUAGCUAGUACAAAGAAUGCUGAUAUAUAUAUGUGGGAUAAUGUUCAUACAAAAGCGUGGAGUGUGGGAGAGAUGGAUGGAUGGAUCUGAAACAAUUAAGUAUGUUUUGUGAAACUGUCCAGCGAUGAAGUUUUGUAACUUCCUUUCUCCUCCUCCUCCUCCUUCUUCUUCUGGUUUUCUUUCUUUCAUUUUUAAUGUAUAUUUAUUAUUGUUUGGUGGGUUUAUGGUUACAGAGUUUGCCAUCCAGUCGUCCACCACCAUUAAUGCUGAUUUUGUCUUCAGGUGAAGGCCAGGGUUUGUUGUUGGGUUUUUGUUUUGUUUUGUUUUUUCUUUCUUUCUUCUUUUUAAUUUGUUGGCUUCUUUCAGUUUCAAAUUCACCCCAUUGCUAGCUAUUUGAGAGUACAAAAAGAGACAUACUGCUAUCUAGUGGGGAGAGAGGAGGGAGGUAUUAUGUAUAGCAACAGCGCAAACAAAGAAGAUUGAAUAUG